UUCAGCAGCUACCCUCUCUAUCAACUUUACGAAUUCCAAUUCAUUCUCUAUAAGCAAACACUUCGACACUUUCAAUCAGAGAGAAGGACUGAAGGAGGAGACUUGUCUGUAUGAAUUUGUCCUUAACCCUAUUCCUUUCUCGCAUUGAUUUGCUUGGAGAAGUGAAAAAGAAUAUCUGAGGGGAAAAGGAGAGUCGAAAAAAUGGGUCAGGCAUUUCGUCGAGCAGCUGGAAGAAUCAGAGGCCCAGGUGGUGUGGAGCAGACUCCACCAUUAAAAUCCAAGACUGCCGUCGAUCGGACCCCUGUCGCGGAACCUACCGGCCCCGUUCGAAUCACGAGGGUAUCAAAACCCAAUGUUGAUCCUGCUGAUGGAGACUCGAGACUUAAUGCUGAGAAUGUACUGGAAGAACGUGAUCCGCAGUAUGAUGCAAUGCUUACACAAAUGUUGGGUAGGGUUAGAACAAAGCCCGGAGGGAAAGCUGAGAUGGGUGAGGCAUUUGUGGUGGAAAAGCAAAAUAGGCCCAUGCCAAAGCUGCGAAAUACAAAACCAGAUUCUUGGAGGUUCGAAGAAAGACCUGCUCCUCCAGGAACCUUAAACGUAGUACAGCUGCGCCACAUUAUGCUUCUGUACCAGGGCAAGGCUGAUGAUCACAAUGGGCCUAUGGAUGUUCACCAGAUUGCAGAGAAGUUCCGAAUUGACGAAGCUCAGGUUCAGAGGAUCGUGCAGUUUCUCUCAUUACCUCCUGAGGACAGCGCUAAACAGGACAAACUUCAAUGAGAAUUACUGACUUACACUUGCUCCUUGAAUUACAAAAGGGAUUUUCCUAUUGAAUAAAGGCAUGGUUCCACAAACAAAUUUGGAGACUUGUGGAAGUUGCAUUAGCUGCCAAAAUGGUCAGUUCCCUUUAAUCAUACAGGGUUUAUAUUACUGGGUGUGCCUGCAGGUUGUCUCAAAAGGAGUUAUUUUGUGUAACGGGUAUAAACUGAUAUGGUAUCGACUUUUAUUAUUAGAAGAAAAAAGUAGAGUAACCAGUAAAAUUCAAUCGGUUAUUUAUAAGUUCAUAAACAUAUAAUGAAGAGUGAUAUCACAUCAAUGUAUACUAAUUGUACAAAAUAAGUUCUUAUCCAAAUUUUGUACAAUAAUAUCGGUGGAACAUCGUGGUUAAAGCAUAAAACUUUCCCCAGUUUUCUAAA